AUGGCCCACUCUACCCAAUGCUUUUUGCCAAAAUUCAGUCCCCUAUCUGAAGGCCCUAAGGGGCCUAUGUCGAUGAGGAUGAGGAUGAGCAGUCCAGAAACCACUCAGUUGAUUUCGGCGUGGCAUGAAGGACAACUGGAUGCUCUAUUACAAACCACGUGGGCCUUGGUCCUUUACCGCUAUACCGGUUCUGGAGAUAUUUGCUUCGGUUUCCAACAACCGACGGCUGGUGAUUUUGCGACCCAUUCCUCAGAUAGUGCGUCUAUCUGUACAUGCAGACUCUCAGUCAGCGAAGAUGACUCUAUCCGAGGAUUGCUUGAAAAAGCGAAGGGUCAGAGUGACCUCGUCAAUUCCGCUGAGAAAUGCGGAACCCCGAGCGUGGUAAACAAAAGCUUUCGGCUGUAUAACACUAUGUUGAUGAUCCAAAAUUGUCGUGAGACGAUAAGAACCUCGACGGAUAUCCCAGUACAACCAUGUCGCAUUCGCCUUCACGUGAAGGUCUUACGUGAAGAUAUCGACAUCUUCAUGGAGUGGUGGAAUAACGACAUGUCAACCGAGCAUAUCAUAAGCAUGUCCAACUAUUUCCAGCAAACUUUAACCAGGGUUCUUGUGGCAGAUGACAUGAUCGUGAGCAAACUACGCGGCAUAGUAGGAAGCGAUUGGGAUCGCAUCUACAAGUUUAAUGCAGUGACUCCGGAGACCCACGACCGCUGUAUUCAUGAAAUCAUUCAUGAGCAGGCACUUCUUCAGCCUGAGAGCGAAGCUGUGUGUGCUUGGGAUGGAAGCUUGUCGUACAGGGAAUUGGAUCUGUUAGCUUCUCAACUUGCGUAUUAUCUCCAAGUGCAAGGUGUUGGCCCUGAAGUCCGCGUAGCGCUAUGUUUUGAUAAAUCUUGCCUGCAGAAAUGGAAUAUUGUGGCAAUGCUUGCUGUCUUGAAGGCUGGUGGUGCCUUCGUACCCUUGGAUCCAACACACCCGGCGGCUCGUUUGCAGUCUCUUGUUCGAUCUGUACAGGCGAGGAUCAUGCUGUGCUCUAGAAACCAUGCUGAGGACUUAAGGGUGGUUGUAGAGCACCUGAUACCACUGGACAAUGACACUUGGGAAGAACGUUCGAUUCCCCGCGGAGACGUAAGCCUAUUGACGGAAGUAAAGGGUUAUAACGCAGCAUACGUGAUAUUCACUUCCGGAUCAACAGGGGAGCCAAAGGGUACUUUGAUGGAGCAUAAAGCAUAUGUAUCCAGUGCAAUGGCUCAUGCACCACGGCUCCGUGUGUUUUCCAACUCUCGUUUACUACAAUUCGCAGCACAUACAUUCGAUGCGAGCUUGGUUGAAAUCUUAACAGUGCUGUUGGUUGGGGCUUGCACUUGUGUGCCAAGCGAAGAAGCACGCUUAAACAACAUUACUAAAGUAAUCAACGACAUGAGAGUGAACCAUGCUACUUUGACGCCAUCAUUCGUUGACUUCAUCAGUAUCUCAGAUGUUCCUCGACUUGAGACUCUUGUGCUCGCCGGUGAGGCAAUGUCUCAAUCACACCUGGAAACAUGGUCCAAAAUCAACCUUGUGAAUGGGUUUGGGCCCACGGAGACUGCCGUUACAGCUGCCGUUAAUUCAAACGUCACUAGAUCCUCUGAUAGCAGGGAUAUUGGUCUUCCUACGGGAAUCCGUUGCUGGAUUGUAGAUCCAGAUGAUCACAAUCAGCUUGUUCCUGUUGGUUGUGUUGGGGAAAUGCUAGCCGAGGGACCUUCUCUAGCUCGAGGAUACGUUAACAAUCAGCAGAAGACUGCUGAGGUUUUCAUUUAUGACCCCUCCUGGGCGAAAGGCCAGGGUGGAGAUCCCGGCCGGAGGUUUUAUAAGACCGGCGAUUUGGUAAGGUACAAUUCCGAAGCUGGUUCGCUGACGUAUAUAGGAAGAAAGGACACACAAGUAAAGUUUCACGGACAAAGAAUUGAGUUGGGCGAAAUCGAAGACAACCUGAAUACCGAUUCAAAUAUAAAGCACAGCCUUGUGUUCCUCCCGAAGUCUGGGUUCUCUGAAGGCAGAAUAGUAGCGGUAUUAUCUUUGCCUAUUUUCGACGACAUUUCAGACCCGGAGCCGGCACCCCUGAGACUUCUUGACGAUUCAAAGAAGAAUUCAAUCAUAUCUCAGAUACGUGAUCGAUUGUCGGCACGCUUACCAGCGUAUAUGAUCCCCACUGUGUGGUUAUGUGUCGAGGCUUUGCCAAUGCUUGUAUCCGGUAAACUAGACAGAAAGGCAACUGCGAAUUGGGUUGGCAGCCUGGAAAAUGACCCAAAUAUCCAACUCGCCAAGCUUGACCCCAUGCCUGACGAUAGUAGCACUCGGUCUGGAAACGCGACAGAGGAGCAACUGGCUUCCAUCUGGAGCCGCGUCCUCAAUGUCCCUAGAAACCACAUCAGUCUCAACGAAAGCUUUCUGAGUCUGGGAGGUGACUCUAUUGCCGGAUUAACAUGUGUCGGCUUCUGCGCAAAGCAGGGAAUUGGUAUCACAGUUCAAGAUAUACUUCGGAGCAAGUCAAUUAGGGACUUGGCAACCCGUGCAAAAGAUAUUCAACAGCCAGCAUCCUAUGAGGAAACCAUCGAGAAACCAUUUAGCCUCUCGCCAAUUCAAAAGCUUCAUUUCAUGGUGCGCCAAGAGGGCCAGGGGCAUUUCAACCAGAGCGUGCUGACGCGCCUAAAUCAACAAGUCGACGAGCAUGACCUGCGCCGCUGCAUUGAAAUACUCAUUAGCCGCCAUUCUAUGCUCAGAUCACGAUUGACUGACUUGGGUCCUGAAGGAUUACAGCAGCGUAUUACAGAAGACAUUGCUGGUUCUUACCGUUGGCGCUUGCAUGAUGUGAAUUGUCAAGGUCAGAUUGAGCAUGCCAUUGCCGAUAGCCAGUCAAGCAUUAAUGCCUUCACUGGACCCGUUAUAGCAGUUGAUAUGUUUAUUGGAAAUGGAGAGGAAUUUGUUUUAUCUCUUGUUGCUCACCAUCUGGUUGUCGAUAUUGUUUCGUGGCGGAUUAUCCUGGAAGAUCUGGAAGAGUUAUUGUUGAACCCGGAUGAGGCUACAUCGCAAACUGGCUCUCUUCCUUUCCAGACUUGGUGUCAACUGCAAGCAAACAAAUGCCAAGAACCGAACAUAGCCUUGGAUAACCUUCCUCCGCCAGACCUCGCCUAUUGGGGGAUGGAGGAAUGUCCUAUGACUUACGGUGAUGUGGACUGCGAAACCUUUCAGGUCGAUGCAGAGAGCACGCAUACUCUCCUGAUGGACUGUCACCAAUGUCUUCAGACCGAACCUAUUGAUGUGUUUCUCGCCUCCCUUCUGCAUUCUUUCCAGAAGACAUUUAGUGACCGACCUCUACCAGUGAUCUACAACGAAGGCCACGGUAGGGAGGUUUGGGACUCUGGAAUUGACAUUUCGCGUACUGUUGGGUGGUUUACCAUUCUGCACCCAAUAACCUUACAACACAUUGCGGAAGAUGAUCCUGUAAAAACACUCAUAGGUGUCAAGGAUCUCCGUCGACGUGUUACGGAUAAUGGCAGACAAGAUUUUGCACGGCGCCUGGUUGGCGAUGCCAAAGAUCGUGGUCAUCCUAGCCCCAUGGAAAUCUCAUUCAACUAUGUUGGCCAGCACCGAGACCUGCAGAGACAGGAUGGCCUCUUCCAGCUUAUGAAUCAGAUGGCUGGGGAGACCGGUCGCGGUGGAGGAGCAGCAGAUUUUGGCGAGAAAACCCCGCGAUUUGCCCUUUUUGAGAUCUCUGCGAUGGCUGUUCAAGGACAGCUACGUUUUACGUUUUCUUUCAACAGAUAUAUGAAGCAUCAGCAAUCUAUCCGAGAUUGGAUCUCAAACUUUCAUAAUCUGCUCAAACAUCUCGGUCCGAAAUUGCAGUCUCAUGCGCCAAAACCAACUUUGAGCGAUUUCCCAAUGCUUUCCUUAACGUAUGAAGAGCUCGAAACGAUGUUCUCAAGCAGACUGCCGAGCGCUGGAAUAGAAUCUCCUGAGCAAGUAGAGGAUAUCUAUCCCUGCUCGCGCAUGCAGCAAGGUAUAUUAUUGAGCCGUUCCCGAGACGAAGGGUUCUACUCUGUCCAUGACACAUUCGAAGUGAAAGGCUCGAGGGGUGAACCUGAUCUCAAUCGACUGGUGUUUGCUUGGCAACAAGUUGUCAUGCAUCACCCAAUGCUACGGACCAUAUUUGUGGACAAACUCACAAGCCGGGAGCUUUUCUGCCAGGUGGUCCUAAAAACGAUCGACUCCCAGCCGAGCAUCAUCAGAUGUAUCGAUGAGAAUGGGGUGCUCGCCGCGUUUGAUGAGCAGGGACCAAUGACCUAUGUUGGAUAUCGGCCACCUCACCGAUUUACUAUAUGUCAGACUACUACUGGAAAAUUGUUUUGCAGACUGGAAAUCAACCAUGUUUCGAUGGAUGGUUCUUCGAUUUCGAUUAUAGCCCGAGACUUGCAGCUCGCAUACGCUGGGAAACUAGAAACACACCGCAGACCGAUGUUCAAGAACUUUCUGCAUUAUCUGCGUGAGCAAGAUGACAGUACGGAGUACUGGUGCUCGUAUUUGUCAGACUAUAUGCCUUGUCAUUUCCCUGUGCUUAACGAUGGCGUCUGCUCUGAAAAUCAACUCCGAAGUAUUCGUCUGAACGUCAACUUCUACAACGAACUCCUAGACGCGUGCGAGAGGGCUGGAGUAACUUUGUCAACUGCGAUUAGCACAGCCUGGGGUCUUACGCUCGGUCAAUUCUGUGGCUCCGAUGAUGUUUGCUUCAGCUACCUGGCCUCUUUGAGAGAUAUGCCUGUCGAGGAUAUUGAUUCUAUCGUUGGGCCGGUUAUAACGCUUUUGGCAUGCCGUAUGAAGAUACCUGGAGAUGGCUUGCUUACGGACAUCCUACACCAAGUCCAAAAUGACUAUAUGGAGCAACUAUCCCACAGAAACACGUCGCUCAUUGAUAUACAACACGCCUUGAAACUCUCAGAUACGACGUUGUUCAACACUGGCGUCUCAUACAGAAAGCUUCCCCCGCACAACGCAAACGCCGAGGAGGUGCAGCUUGUGGAGGUGGGAUCAAUCUACGAUCCUGCAGAGUUCCCCGUUUAUGUCAACGUCGAGGUUGCUGACGAUGAUGCGCACAUCGACCUGAACUAUUGGACGACGGCUUUGUCAGUUGGCCAAGCAGAAAAUGUUGCUAGCAUUUUUCUCAAGGCUCUGGAGAAUAUUGCCCAUUACAAAGAUACUAAGCUUAGCACGAUAGGUGAUAUCGACUUUCUCAGCGAGCAGUUUUGCACAAAGCUAUGCGAAUGGAAUGCGAAGUUGCCAGCUAGACCUGAAAGGUGCGCACAUGAAAUCAUUCGGCAACAGGCCUUAUCUCUUCCUCUAUCAGCCCCUGCAAUUUGCUCCUGGGACGCGAACCUCACGUACUCGGAUGUCGAGCACCUUUCAACUCGACUGGCUCAGUAUCUCAUAGGACUUGGAGUAAAACCCGAAGUAUUUGUCACCUUGUUUUUCGAGAAGUCAGCUUGGUAUGUCAUUGCACAAGUUGCUGUGUUAAAGGCUGGAGGAGCAUUUGUCUCCUUGGAUCCAAGUCAUCCAGAGUCUCGACUACAGGGUCUAAUAGAAGAUGUUGGAGCUCAUGUCAUGUUGUGCUCAGUUAAGCAUACUGAGAAAGCUUCCCGGCUUUGCAACACUGUGUUUGCGGUCUGCGAAGCAACAAUCGAUGGGCUUACAGUUCCAGCGACCAUUAUGCCUGCUUCUAUCCCAAGCAUACACAAUGCAGCCUAUGCUAUUUUCACAUCCGGUACAACAGGAAAGCCAAAAGUGUCAGUCAUUGAACAUAUAUCGCUUGGCAUAGCUGCAUCAACAUUCACCGAGAUUUUCAGAAUGGGCCCCAGGGCUCGUGUUCUUCAAUUCUCGAAUUACAUAUUCGAUGUCAACAUCUCCGAAACCGUUAUUACCCUUAUGACUGGUGGUUGUAUUUGUGUUCCUAGCGAAGAAGAACGGUUGAAUGACUUGUCUGGGGCAAUUAAUAGGAUGGGCGUCAAUAUGUGCACAAUGACACCAUCAUCAAUAAGUACACUGAAACCAGAAGCCGUUCCCUCAUUAAGAACAAUCAUAACGGGAGGAGAAAAAAUGACAAAGAGUCAUGUUGACCGUUGGGCAGACAGGUGUGUUAUAAAUGCGUACGGGCCUUCGGAAGCCACUGUGGCUUCGACGGCAAGCGUAAAAGCUGAUGGAGGAAGACGCCUCACUGAGGAUUACAAUUCCAUCGGCACUGCAUUCGCUGGAAGGGCUUGGAUCGUUGAUCCUAAGAAUUACCACCGUCUCCUCCCUAUAGGAGCAAUUGGCGAACUGGUCUUGGAAGGCUGCAAUGUUGGACGUGGCUACCUCAACAAUGCUGAAAAGACUGAGGAGGUCUUUAUCACUGACGCUCGGUGGACUGAACAUAGCGGACUAAAGGAAAUCUUCAAGAACAAGGAGCGCAUGUACCGUACUGGAGAUCUUGUUCGGUACAAUGCUGACGGCAGCCUUUGUUUUAUCUCGCGAAAGGACACCCAGAUCAAACUCAACGGCCAGCGGGUAGAAUUGGAAGAAGUUGAGCAACAAUGUGUCGGUCAUUUGCCAGCGAAUACACAGGUUGCGGUUGAGGUGGUUACGCCAGAAGCGAAAACUGUGGCGAAAUGCCUUGCUGUCUUUUUCACUACCGAUGAUCAUGACAAGAAUGAGUCAGACUUACUGUUUCCUAUGAAUGAAACUACAGUGAGCAUUGUGAAGAAGCUGCAUAGCUCCCUGAAGGAGUCCUUGCCCACUGUGAUGAUACCGAAGCUCUUCUUCCCGGUACGUCGCCUACCGAUUGCAACAACCGGAAAGCUUGACCGCAAAGGGCUUCGUACCAUGGUUGAGCCUCUGCCAAAAGAGAAACUGAUGCAAUAUACUACCUUCAAUAGCAGCUCCAGACAAAUAGCUGAAGAUGGAGCUGAAGGGAAACUUAGGGCUUUGUGGGAGGAAGCUUUGGGACUAGCACCGGGAUCCGUUGGCGCUGGUGACAGCUUCUUCGGGAUUGGUGGUGAUUCUCUCUCGGCUAUGAAGCUUGUCAGCUCUGCGGACUCUCAGGGCAUUGCACUGACAGUAGCCGACAUAUAUGCAAACCCUAUCUUGGCAGACAUGGCAAAGAUAUGCAAGUCUUCGGAAGCGGCAGCUGACACGGCGACGAUCGAACCGUUUUGUCUUCUUCCUUCUUCGAUGCGCAAAGAAGCCUUACGAGAAGUUGCUGACCAGUGUCAUGUAUCUGAAGGAUCAAUAUCUGACAUCUACCCUUGCAGUCCGGUGCAAGAAGGUCUUAUUACGCUCUCAACUAAGCAACAAGGAGCCUACAUCGCUCGACCAAUCUUCAAGCUUACGGACGAAGUCAACUUAGAGAGAUUCAGAGGGGCGUGGCAGCGCACCGUUGAUGAACUCGAUAUUCUGCGAACUCGUAUUGUACAUACGGACUCUAUGGGUUUCCUUCAAGCUGUGCUCGACAAGGAACACAUUUCUUGGACUACUGCAACAACAAUGGAGGAGAUCAUGGAUGACACGCCAGAGCUGCCAAAUCAUAGUGGAGGAUUGCUGACUGCCUAUGCAAUUGUCCAGCCUGGAGACUCCUCUUCGCGCUAUUUUAUUUGGACCAUACAUCACGCAUUGUAUGACGGGUGGAGUGUACCAUUGGUUCUCAAGAGGGUGGAAGAGCUGUAUAAGGACCCUUCCGCUACCGGCUCUACGCUUCCAUACAAGCUUUUCAUUAGCCACCUCCAGGACAAGGAUUUGUCUGAGUCGGACAACUUCUGGAGAUCACAACUCGCGGAUAUCUCAUGUUCGCCCUUCCCCCAUAGUAAGGCUUCAACGCUGGAUGCUGUACGUGUUGGAAAUCGGCAUCACAGCAGUGUAGAGAUCGGCCAGACUCCAGCGAGCAAAGAUUUGACCCUACCCGAGCUGAUUCGCGCUGCAUGGGCCAUUGUUAUCUCUGUCCAUACUGGUUCCAAUGAUGUCUGCUUUGGUGAAACGCUCAUGGGAAGAAAUAUCAGUCUCCGUGGAAUUACUGAAGUCGCCGGGCCAGUCCUCACAACAGUCCCUACACGCGUACAGGUUGACAACGAGCUCCUGGUCACUCAAUUCUUGCAAAAUAUACGCACGCUGACCACAGCGAUGAUACCACACCAGCACUCUGGACUCCAACGGAUACGGAAGCUCAACGAUAACACAUCCUUCGCUUGUGACUUCCAGAAUCUCUUAGUAAUACAAACAGAAGAGGAAGUCAUGAAUGGAGACCUGUGGGUUCCAGAAAAUAACCAAACCAGUGAUGAAUUCUUUACUCACCCACUUACUGUUGAAUGUAAGAUUAGCGGUUCGAAGCUGGUAUUGACUGUCCAUCAUGACGAAAUUGUUCUCGACAGCUGGCAAACUGAAAGGCUCACGAGCCAGUUCACACAUGUGAUACAGCAGUUACUCACUGUCUCUGAGAAGGACAUCAGAAAGGUGGGUGACCUUGAUGUAGCCAGCCCUCAGGACAAGCAAGAAAUCCUUUCGUGGAACCAACGACAGCCAGCUCGCGUUGAUAGAUGUGUUCACGAUAUCAUCCGGGAAAAAGGCGCUGCACAGCCUGAGGCCGCGGCUAUUUGUGCCUGGGACGGUCAGCUUUCUUACAGGGAAAUGUAUGGCUAUGCAUCUUCAUUCGCUGCCUAUCUUAAUACCCGUGGGGUUGGGCCUGAAGCAUUGGUGCCGAUUUGCUUGGAUAAGUCUGUAUGGGCGAUAGUUACUAUACUUGGUAUUCUUAUCGCAGGUGGAGCGUUUGUGCCUCUGGAUCCUGCCCACCCAACAUCGAGACACAAAGAGAUUCUGGAAGAGAUAGAAGCUCGUGUCAUUCUUUGCUCCCCUCAAUAUCGCAAUCGCUAUGCAGGCUCCGUUAAGACCGUUGUCCCUGUCAGUCAGGAGACCAUACGAGCUUAUAGUGCUCUUACAAGGAAGACCCCGAGCCCUAACCGUGCUACACCAUCAAACAUGGCUUAUGCGAUUUUCACCUCAGGAAGCACAGGCCGCCCCAAAGGAAUUAUCAUCGAUCAUCGCGCACUUGCAAGCAGCGUUACAGCUUUCUCGCCAAUUGUGCACCUGAACGAAAAUUCUCGGGCCUUCCAGUUUGCUUCUCUUACAUUCGAUGCCGCAGUCAUGGAAGUACUUGCCACACUGAUGCAUGGAGGUUGUAUAUGCAUUCCAAGUGAAGAAGAGCGCUUAAAUGACGUUGUCGGAGCCAUUCGGCGAAUGGAUGUCUCGUGGGCUUUCUUAACCCCAUCUAUCGCAAGCAUUAUCGAGCCAUCGUCAGUUCCUUCUCUGAAAGUGCUUGCAUGCGGUGGGGAGAAACUCUCACGGGAAGUAGUCAUGAAGUGGGCCCAUCGUGUGAAACUGAUUAAUGGCUAUGGACCAACAGAGACAACUAUUUUCGCGGUCCUGAACAAUGUGACCCCAAGCACCGAUCCUGCUUGUAUUGGCUAUGGCAUUCCGUCCACAUUGACGUGGGUUGUUGACCCUGAAAAUCACAACCGGCUCUCUCCCCUGGGUGCGAUAGGAGAGCUGGCUUUGGAAGGUGCUGCUCUUGCAAGAGAGUACCUCAAAAGCCCGGAGAAAACGGCGGAUGCCUUUGUUAAUGAGCCAACAUGGAUCAGAGACUUCCCCAGCUCCCUACCUUCACCCAGGAGGAUAUACAAGACUGGUGAUUUGGUAAGAUACAAUUCAGACGGUUCUAUUGAAUACAUCAGCCGUAAGGACCACCAAGUCAAAAUCCACGGUCUCCGUAUGGAGCUCGGUGAAAUUGAGCACCGACUGUGCGAAGAUCGUCGUGUGCGUCACGCCGUUGUGAUUCUACCAAUAUCAGGGCUCAUUCAGAAACGCCUGGUCGCGGUGUUGUCUUUAGAAUCUCUGAACUCAGGGAACGGUCUUAAUUCUGAUGGGGCAUGCGAGCUUAUCAGUCAGGAUCAAAUGGAUGCUGCAUAUUCCGAACUUCAAGAGAUUCAGAAAAGCCUUGAGUCACAGUUACCCAUCUACAUGGUCCCUCAAACAUGGGCGGUGAUCAAAAAGCUUCCAAUGCUGGUCUCGGGAAAGCUAGACAGGAAAAAGAUAACAGCCUGGGUCGAGAAGAUUGACGAAUCCACAUAUGAUCGUAUAAUGCAGGAUUACGACAAUAUCAAACGAGGUAAUACGGAGCACAAGGAUGAAGAGGACAAUGACUCUUCCAUCAAUCUUCUUCGUGAUAUCUUCACCCAGGUGCUCAACAUCCCAUCCUCAAAGAUUGAUCCUAGCCGGUCGUUUGUUAGCCUUGGAGGUGAUAGCAUUACUGGAAUGGCUGUUAUUUCCAGAGCUCGUAAACACGGGCUCAACUUGACGCUACACAAUAUUCUCCAGAGCAAGUCGAUAACCGAGCUUGCUCUUACCUCCACUGUCAUAGUCCAGGCAGUCAAACACGAAGAGAAGUCUGGUGAAUUGUUCAAUCUUUCUCCGAUCCAGAGCUUGUUUAUGCAAACCACCGAUGAGUUCCAGGGCAAAGCUCGCUUCAACCAAAGCAUGACAGUUCGCCUUACAAAACGGACAAAACCAGAUACUGUGAAGAAUGCCAUCAAGGCGGUUAUUGACCGACACUCUAUGUUUAGGGCAAGAUUCAGCAAGUCCUCUGAUGGAAAUUGGAAACAGACGAUCACCAAGGAUAUUGAUUCAUCUUAUCGGUUGCGCACUCAUUCCAUCAACAAUGCAGGAGAAAUGUUGCCUGAGAUCGCGGAAAGUCAGCAGUGUCUGGAUAUCCAGAACGGGCCAAUAUUCGCCGCAGAUCUAUUUGAAGUUCGCGGUCAUGAGCAGGUUCUAUUCGUUGUAGCUAAUCACCUUUGCGUCGAUAUGGUGUCGUGGCGCAUAGUCCUACAGGACAUGCAGGAGUUCAUUGAAACCGGUACCCUGUCCUCUGAUAAGCCGCUGUCAUUCCAGGGCUGGUGCGACCUGCAAUUCGAGAACAGUAAACGAGAAAAUGGUGUCAUUAACCGACCUUUCUCUAUUGAGCCACCCAACUUAACUUACUGGGGCAUGACAAACUCACAAAAUCUCUAUGGUCAUGUCAAGAUGGAGUCGUUCACGCUGAACGAAGAAGCUACUGCUUUUCUCCUUGGCCGCUGUCAUGAAGCUCUUCGAACAGAGACUGUUGAGAUUCUACUCUCGGCUGUUAUUCAUUCCUUCAGUCGAGUGUUUACCGAUAGGAACGUCCCGAUGAUAUACAAUGAGGGCCAUGGUCGCGAAGCCUGGGAUGCUAGUAUUGAUCUCUCCAGAACAGUUGGCUGGUUCACAACAAUGUGUCCUCUGCAUAGGCUAGAUAUUAUUGAUACUCUGAAGCGAGUAAAGGAUACAAGACGCAAAAUUGCGAAUGACAGCCGAUCUUACUUUGCUCAGAGUCUCCUCCAUCCAACCGGAAGUGAUUCUAAAAGCUUCCCAGUCCCCCUAGAAGUUGUCUUCAACUACCUCGGUCAACUUCAACAGUUGGAACGCAAUGACUCCCUGUUCCAGCAUUAUGGCGGCGCAUUUGAUGCCGAAACUUUUGAAGUGACAGGAGACAUGGGACCUCAAACGCCGCGAUUUGCUCUCUUCGAGAUCUCCGCGAUCAUCAUCAAGGAUAGGCUCCAUGUUUCUUUCACAUACAACCGAAAUAUGCAGCAUAAAUCGCGCAUCCAGAACUGGGUCUCUGAGUGCCGAAAGGCCCUCGAAGAGGAGGUUCUGUCUCUCAAGGAUUAUUCGCCGGCGCCAACUCUUAGUGACUAUCCCUUACUCCCGACAACCUAUGCUGGACUGGAUGAUCUUGUCAAGAAAACUUUGCCUAGAGCGGGAGUUGAAAGCUGGAAUAGGGUUGAAGACAUCUAUCCAUGCUCUCCGGUACAAGAAGGUAUCCUGCUCAGUCAACUUCGCGAUCCGCAUGGGUACAUGUUCCACGGUAUUUUCGAAGUUCGUUCUCUCCAGGGCAAACGUAUCGAUUCAGCAUUAUUACGAAAGGCAUGGGCAAUGGUAGUCAACCGACACCCAGCCUUGCGUACGUUGUUCAUCGAUAGUAACUACAAGGGUGGGACGUUCGAUCAGCUGGUGAUCAAAGCAUCUGGCGAUGAUGUUCUCGAAUUCGAGUGCGACGAGUCGCUUGCAUUCGCUAAACUUGAUCAAGUCAAGCUUCAUGAUAUAAACGCCACCAGGCGGAUAAAGCUCCCACAGCAUUUGACCAUCUGCACCACAGCCUCUGAGAGGGUGCUCAUGAAGAUCGAGAUGAACCACGCGAUCGUCGAUGGUGGCUCAGUUGACGUUCUCUUCAGAGACCUAGCAUUGGCAUACAACAACCAGCUCCCUGCAGGAUCCGGGCCUCGCUACAGUGACUAUAUCAAGUACACCAGGAGCCAAGUGCAUGAUAAAGCGUUGAAGCACUGGAAACAAUACCUCGCCGGAGUUCGCCCCUGUCAUUUGUCGUUCUCUACUAAACCAAGCGGUGAUCGUCAGCUUGGCUCCCAUUUAAUGAGCUUCAACCGUUUCGGCGAAUUGCAAAAGUUCUGCGAACAUAAUUCUGUCACUCUUGCCAACCUAACGCUUUCUGCCUGGGCUGUUGUUCUUCGGAGCUUCACCGGCUCAGACGACAUCUGCUUUGGUUAUCCCUCCGCUGGUCGUGAUUCUCCGGUUCCUGGAAUCCACGAUGCUGUUGGUAUUUUCAUUAACAUGGUGUGCUGCAGAGUCAAGUUCAUCUCGGGUCAGACAUUACAGGAUGUCUCCAAGUUGGUGCAAAGUGAUUAUAUUGGAAACCUUCCUUACCAGAACUGCUCUUUGGCACAAAUCCAGCAUGAGCUUGGCCAACAAGGACAGUCACUUUUCAACACAACCCUGUCCAUCCAGAAUCGUUCCGCUCCUGAAGACUCCGGUGACAAGACCAUAUCAUUUGAGAUGCAAAGGGCAUACGACCCGACCGAGUAUCCUGUUACUGUGAAUGUUGAAACAACAAAGGGGCGUGAGGGUAUCAUGCUGAGAUACUGGACGGACACAGUGUCUGACAGUCAGGCGAAGGACUUGGCGGAUGCUAUUGCUAAAGUCUUUACGUGCUUCAUUGAGAGCCCGUCCAGACUUGUAUCGGAACUCAAGCUUGCUCCAAGCCAAGGCCCCUCAGUUACGAGUAACUCCGCUUUGGUGGACCUGGACGUACUCAACAGUGAUGCUCUACGAAAGUUGAUUGACAUCCGUGUCAAUGAGAUAAUCACCCGAAUGCUCAAGGAGGGAGCGCUAGCUAUACCUACAGUGCAUGAACUUCAUAUCAAAGCAUCGGAGGGUUCAUUCGCAACGAAACGGAUGCCUCGUGAAAGGGACCUUUCAGACUCUAUGCUGACUUUGACCAACUACAGCAGAGCAUCAACCGAUACCAGGGAAUCAACUGACCUUGAGAAACGGCUUUGGACACUGUGGAGUUCUGCACUGGGCCUGUCUCCCAACAUUGUCAACCGUAAAGGCAGUUUCUUCAAGCUGGGCGGUGAUAGUAUAACUGCUAUGAAGAUGGUUGGCGCCGCUAGAGAGGAAGGCCUCUCGUUGAGUGUAGCAGAUGUCUUCGGCAAUCCAGUGUUCGAGGAUAUGCUGGCCAUAGUUGUCGCUAAGGAUACCCCCAAAUUGUUUGAGACUCAUACAGAGAUCACUCAGCUCAGUGAGAAAGUCCCAGAGACACCGGUCGUCAUCACUAGGGCAGUUUCACCCGACGAAAUAUCCGUGCUGCGGCCUAUGCCGAUUGACGAUUCGUCUCUACAGUCCAGCAUCUGCUCCAAAAUUGGUGUCUUCAGAGGUGGCAUUGCCGACGUUCUCCCCGUUACCGACUUCCAGGCUAUGUCAAUCACCGCAAGUCUCUUCAAGUCCCGAUGGAUGUUAAACUACUUCUUCCUUGACGGUAAGGGCCCAUUGGACAUUAGAAGACUUAGAGAAAGUUUCUUGCGGGUAGUCGACGCUUUCGACAUCCUCCGGACGGUGUUUGUCUGCUUCCAUGGCCAGUUUUUCCAGGUCGUCUUGAGAAAGAUGCGGCCAGAAAUCGUCGUUCACGAGACGGAGAUGAGUCUGGACGAGUACACUGAGUCCCUACAACAGCGUGACCGAGAACAAGAACCCCGACAAGGUGAACAAUAUGUACAGUUCUAUGUCGUUAAAAAGAAAAACACCGACCACCAUCGUAUCCUGAUCAGAAUGUCGCACACUCAGUUCGAUGGCGUUUGCCUUCCACGAAUCAUGUCGGCCAUCAAAAUGGGUUACGAGGGAAGCCCUAUUCCCCCAACGUCCUCUUUCUCGAACUACAUGCGCAUGCUUCCUGGCAGUAUCACUCCAGAGCACUAUCAACAUUGGUCGACACUUCUACAAGGCUCCAAGAUGACCGAUAUCAUCAGAAGACAAACACCCAACAACUUCCAACACAUCGGCUCCUUCACUGCACAGAAGAAAGCCAUCGAGAUCUCAGCCACAGUCAUCGGCGACGUGACCCUCGCCACAGUCAUGCAAUCAGCCUGGGCCAUGACACUAGCCAAGCUCUCCGCACAAUCCGACGUGGUAUUCGGGCUCACAAUCAGCGGCCGAAACGCCACAAUCCCGGGUAUCGAAAGCACCGUCGGACCCUGUCUCAACAUGAUUCCAGUGAGAGUCAAGUUCGGAGACCGAUGGACGGGUCUCGACAUCUUCCGCUACCUCCAGGACCAACAAGUCGCCAAUAUGCCCUACGAGUCGCUCGGGUUCAGAGAAAUAAUCCGAAACUGCACGGACUGGCCCGAUUCCACAUUUUUCACCACCUCCGUCUUCCACCAGAACGUCGAAUACGAAGGCCACAUGCAACUCGACGACAACAUGUACCGCAUGGGCGGCGUCGGCGUCGUAGACAACUUCACCGACAUCACGGUAGUUUCCAAACCAACAGGCGACGGCAAGCUGGAUAUCACGCUCGCCUACUCCCAAAGAAGCGCAAUCACCACUCCCUCUGCCACAAAGAUCCUCGACAUGCUCUGCGAAACCGCCCACAGCCUAAUCACCAACCCCCAAAUCACCCUUCCCUCCCCAUCAACCCUCCGCUCCCUACCCUGCCAAGUCAUCGACGACCUCCCCAGACCAACAGAAGAGCACUUCCUCACCUCCAACCUCAACAGCAGAAGUAUCUCCGAGCUCCUCGUUCACUCAGACAUCCUCAACAAAACCUGGCAACACGUCCUCCCCAACAAAAACCCGGAGACGCCCCGGCCGCCCUUCCAGCUCAACUCAUCGUUCUUCGGCCUGGGCGGCGACAUUUUCAGCAUGGGUCAAUUGGUCUGGUGUCUCGAGCAGGAAGGUCUCCAGGUCAGGCUCGAGGAAUUGCUCGAGCAUCCUACUUUCUUGGGCCAUUUGGCUGUGCUAGCAUUGCAUAAUGCUAAACAGGAGAAUUUGGUGGAGAGGACCAGGACUGUUGAGAGUAGAGCUCGUGUUCCGUCUGUCUCGGUCAAGGGUAGAAAGAGUGCCAAUUGGAAUCCUCUUGGUAAGGCCGUUACCUUGGCCAGGAGGUUUACUACCAAAUGGAGUUCGAAGGCUUGA